CUUCCCGAAAGACGCAUGCGCGCAGAGGACGUAGUCGAUUCCAAGAUUGGGCACCCCCCACCCACCACCACCACCACGGCCACCAAAUCUUGCGCAAGCGCGUUAAGUCCUGGUCGCUAUGCGGGUGGCGGGACGGGCUUCAUUGGGACAGCGCUAACCCAGCUGCUGAAAGCCAGGGGCCACGAAGUGACGUUGGUCUCCCGAAAGCCGGGCCCCGAUCGAAUCACGUGGGAUGAACUUGAUACGUCGGGGCUGCCCCACUGCGAUGCCGCUGUCAACCUGGCGGGAGAAAACAUCCUCAACCCUCUCCGAAGGUGGAAUGAACGCUUCCAAAAAGAGGUUCUUAACAGCCGCUUGGAGACCACCCAGAUACUGGCUAGAGCCAUCAACAAGGCUCCACAACCCCCCCAGGCCUGGGUCUUAGUCACUGGUGUAGCUUACUACCAGCCCAGCCUGACUGCAGAGUAUGAUGAGGACAGCCCAGGAGGGGACUUUGACUUUUUCUCCAACCUGGUAACCAAAUGGGAAGCUGCAGCCAGGCUUCCUGGAGAGUCUACACGCCAGGUGGUGGUGCGCUCCGGGGUUGUGCUGGGCCGUGGGGGUGGUGCCAUCGGUCACAUGCUGCUGCCCUUCCGCCUGGGCCUGGGGGGCCCCAUCGGCCCAGGCCAUCAGUUCUUCCCCUGGAUUCACAUCAGGGACCUGGCAGGGAUCCUGGCCCAUGCUGUUGAAGCAAGUCACGUGCAAGGAGUCCUGAAUGGAGUGGCUCCAGCCCCCACCACUACAAAUGCUGAGUUUGCCAAGGCCUUCGGCGCUGCCCUAGGCCGCCCAGCCUUCAUCCCUCUCCCCAGCAUGGUGGUGCAAGCGGUCUUUGGACGAGAACGUGCCAUCAUGCUGCUAGAGGGCCAGAAGGUGGUCCCACGGCGGACACUGGCCACAGGCUACCAGUACUCCUUCCCAGAGUUAGGGGCUGCAUUGAAGGAAGUCAUAGCCUAAGUGGGGAGGCUCCUGGCAGAGCCUGAAGCCUGUUCCUCUACAGAGGCUUCCUGGUUAGAGACUGAAUAGGCCCAGGUAUUUGGAGACCGGAAACCAUCUGGUUCUUAGGGAUUCCUCUCCCUGCCCUCCUUGUUGUUCUGUUGCUCUACCUUACUUAACUGAGAGACUGUCCACUGUCUCAAGGUUGCAGGCUCAUCAAGUUGGGUCCUUCACCUCUUCAACUCCCUGUAAAAGAAUUUCCAAGUUUGGUUUCCCUACAAGUUCCAUUACUGUCCCUGGUGUCCUUUAUGUUGUGUAGGAUCCUCUGUGACUGAGGCAAUAAAGAUAAAUUAUCUCACA